CAAGUCUGUUCAUCGGGCUAACUAAAGUCUAUCAACAAGCUAGUUAGCAGCGAUGAACGCUAUCGGCUGCUGCUCCAGCAACAAGAGUAUGGACUAGCUAAAUGAGACUUAUUGCGGUGCUUCGACAAUCACUGUCAAGCUAAGGACCAGUCAUUUCAGGUGGUUGUAAUUAGCAGCUCCAUUCAUGCAGUCGCUGAUGCCCGGAGGAGUUUGAGCUCUCUCUUUCGGUGGCGGGCAACCUCAGUCAUCAUCUCGCUGGGACAACUGGGACAACACGGCUCACUUACCGAGUAGGAGCAUGGUGGUCCCGGACAGUGCCAGCGUGGUCCCCCAGCCUGACUGCAGCAGUCCCACCAGCCUCCUAGAGAGCUCCAGUCCCCAGUGUGAGGAUGAAGAAGAGGGUGGUCAAGACCUGGAAGGGAUGGAAUUGGAGGAGGUCCGAAAGCUUCAGGAGCUAGUUCGCAGGUUGGAGGUCCAGAAUGAGACUCUACGCAAUAGGGGGAAUAAGACCAUCCACAGAGGUGGUGCCAGUGGCAACAGCAACCUCACAGCUGCCGUUAAUAUCAAUGAGACACAGACCUGCGGAGAGGUGACCAACUCCCACCUCAGACUGGAGCACAGUGGCAGUACAGACUUUGAGCUGUCUCCUCCACAGGACAGCAGCAGCGGAGAAGACAUGUCCCCUCUGCCUCUGGCUAACAGGCUGGAAGAAGAGGAGGAGGAGGAAGAAGAGGAUGAACAGGGUCCUUGUGGAGGUUUUCUCACCUUGACCUGCAGCAACGGAGGAGGACAGUCCCAUGGGCAGAGCCAGACGCCAGAGAGCCCCUCUCAGGGAAGUUAUGAGUCAGAGACACUUGCAGAGAGCGACUCAGGGGUCGACCAAACUGCACUGGACGAGGUGGAUGUCCUAGAUUUGGAGGAUGAGUGUGCAGAAGCAGAGGACGAGGACAGUUGGUUGUACGUGUCUCCGAAAAAACAGGUAGCAGAUCAAGGCCCAGAAUCGCCAUUGAAGUGGUGUCGGCAGGCUCUCGACCACCGCAGCCCAGAGACGGAGAUGGCUUGUCGGACCUUGAUCAGCCGUUUGGACCAAUCAUCUCGAUGGAGGAACAUGUACAGUAGCCCGUCAGCAGAGGCAGGCUCGGCAGGCUCAGGCCUGAUCUCUCCUGGGUACCACAAAUCAACUAACAAAUCCCUACUAACCUGUGGCAGCUCAGGUGUCACAAGUAUGCAGUCAGCGCUGAGCUCUCAAUCAUCUAUAGACAGUGAGCUCAGCACAUCAGAUGACUCCAUCUCUAUGGGAUACAAGCUGCAGGACCUCACUGAUGUCCAGAUCAUGGCUCGUUUACAGGAAGAAAGUUUAAGGCAAGAUUAUGCUUCCAGUUCAGCAUCUGCAUCCCGUCGCAGCUCCACAGCCUCCCUGCAGUCCCUACGUCGGGGCGGCACAUACAGCGAUCAGGAGUUUGACAGCUACAGCCUGGAGGAUGAGGAGGAUGAGUUCUGCUCCAUGCCUCCACGGCGACACCGCUUCACCCCCUCGCCCUUGGGCUCACCCCGGUGCCUGUCUCCCUCCACCUCCAACCACGGUCAGGACUACAAUAGCAGACUCUCUGCACCACGCACAAGAACCCCCAGAAGAUCUCUUCAGGGGCCCAGUGCAGAGCUGCUGAAAUUUGCCAAGAGUGAAGAAGAGUUGAGGCAUAGCAUGCCUAAUCUGGCCCCCCGCACCAGCCUACGUUCCCUGGAGGCAGUCAGAAACAGCCGCAGCAUGGAGGCUAACCUCCAGAGCUCUGGCAACCGCAUGUCCCGCCUUCCACACUCCCCCUCCACAGGUAUGGCUUGUAGUCGGCUGCGUAGCAAUGGCCAGUCCCCUCUCUCCCUGCGGACUCCGGUUAAAGCUGUUACUCCCAUGGCAGCUGGUCGUCAGGCUUCCAGAGGUCUGCCGGUUGUCCAAGCACCACCAGCAGGAGGGGGCCGCAGGGUCCAGUCCCCUGGGUCUGCCAAUGGUGGAGCCUACAUACCCGGGAGAGCUUCCACUGGGGCAGUGAGGCCUGGAGUGGGUCGAGGACAGGCUGGACCGUCGGCAUCCACCAGGAGUAAACUUUCACAGCCAACCAGGAGGUCUUUGGGCAUGGCCAAAAUCUCAGAUGAAUCCUGGAAAGAUGGCUGUUACUGAGUCUGGUUGGUGAUGAAAGAUGUUAACUGCUGCAGCCCUCACCUGACCUCACCUCAUAGUACAGAGUGCAUCACAGAUGUGUCGUACAACCUUUUCAGUCCCCCUAUUUCAAACUGGAACACUGGGCAGCACUGGAAAUGUAGUCAAGACUUGUCUCUUUCCCUCGCAUGAUAUAAUGUCAACCCACACAGAGAAGAUGUGUAGGCAGACAAGAUGACACACGUGCACACUCCACUUGUGAUAUGGACCAACUCAGAGCUUCCAGAAAAUUUGUUUGUGUCAAUUUUACUUAUUUUUCUAUGGUGAUUGUGAGAACUGCUGGAAUAUUAAGGGUUUUAUUGUUCUGUUGAUGUAAAUGAUAUGAAGACAAUUGAAAUGAAGAUACUGUUGGUUUGUUCUUUUCCAUGUGUGAAUUCCAACUAGAUGAAGAAGCUGAGUGUUGCAUGCUUGGAUUUAUUUGCUUAACCAAUCCAUCAUUACAUUACUGCAAUGUGACAACCCCCCCAUGUGUCUCAAUUGAUCAGUGUGAAUUUAUGACUGCUGGAUGGUUCAUAGUGAAAUUUAACUUCAGAUUUGUGUUGUAUUUGUGUUCUCUAUUUGAUUACACAGCAAAGCAACCUCCUGUAAACCACACUGCCCUUAUAAAUAAUACAAAAAUAAAAUAAAAACUAUGAGUUGUGCCAAGGUGCAUUUCAGCUGCAACACUUUGUAAUUGUAAAAUUAAUCUUGAUUCAUGAAAGCUGUUGUUAUGGUACUGUAUUUUCCAGGUAUUUCUACUGCAUAUCUAGCGGUGGUUUCAAGUGUUUGCUUUUGGAUACCACUGUUAAAAAAAGGUUUAUGCACGAAGGCCACCUGCCUUAGACAGCUAUGCACCCUGAUGCAGAGUGCCUCUGAAAUAAGGAGCUGUGGAGAAAAUUAAUAAUAAAGUCUACCCUGGAACAAUAA